UGCGAGUUCCGAACAACUCAAUAUCCGGUUCCCUAAGCCGUCCUCCCCUCCCUCAUCUGUCGUGCUCAGCCCGGUCCGCCAGGCAGGCUGGACGCAUGAGUCCACCAAGGCGGUGCUCGAAUGUCUCAAAGACAAUCACAAGCGGUUCCAUAUCUUUUUCAAUGACAAGGGGUUCCACAAGUGCAUCUUUAGUUCCUGAGGCAUACAAUGAUGCAUUAACUGUAAAAAAAAUUGAUGUAGCCACUCGUCACACCAUCUUUUAGCCAUAUACGCCAUGGGUGCAAGCCCCGAGGUGAUACGGGCGGCGUACGAGACUCAUACCGUUUAUCAGCGCCCUGCGUUUCUAGCGCCAGAGACCACAGGCACGAAAGAAACGGUGGUUAUCACAGAGUCCAAUUGGAAGGACUUCUUGGGAGACGAGCGAUACUACCAGGCAUAUGUUGCUUUCUUCUCCAAACUACUCUUAUCGGGCACCCACAACGCCCUCCAAAGCGUCAUGGAUGACUACAUCUUCUCCACGAAUGCGAAUCUCGUUCUAGGGAAGAACGGCACAAAACCGGUGAUGCUCAGCCGGUUCCUCGCUGGCUUCUUGCACCCGCUCAUCCAUACUGGCUACGGUGCAGAAUUCGGGUUGCCCGGGCUAGCUGCGGAAGGUUUGGCGCAGGCUGCUGCUCACCGCGUCGAAGCAGAGUCUGUAUUCACACCCAAGUUUUUCGGCUCUCCGUCUGCAUCUGGACCCCUUUCCAGGCUUAGUUCUCUUUUGCACUUCCCCACUCCUGCCUCCAGAUCCGAUGUUCCGCCUCCAGAUGUCCAUGCCCUGUCUGUCUUAGCGCGAGUUGCAAAGGAGCCGGCUUUUGAGGCAAAGAACGUAGGCCUGCCCGUACCGCGCGAGCAACUGCAGAAGAGCGUUGAUCUGGUCGUUGAUCAUGCUGGCGCGAAACUCAUGGAGUACGCCGAGCAGUGGACGAAGACUGUUCGUCCGGAACGCAACGUCUUGGUGAGAAAGUUUGAGGAGAUUGUUUGGGUGAAUACGGUCGUCUAUGGGGUCGGCGGCUGGGGAGGCAGGUCUCUGGGCGGGGACGAACAGGAACGCUUCAACGCUGACUUCUUUUGCAUGCAUGGAGUAACAUCCGCGCUCAUGGUGGCUCCUCUCCUCAGCACUCUGAGCGCUAACUCAGCGGCUCUUCUGCUUCGCACCUACUUUAUAUUCUCUUUAGUCCUCUACGUCGCGCGUGGCCGGCCGGCCAUUCCGAUUCAAGAAUUCUACACAUCAACAUCGCCAUAUCCCUCGCCUCCAGGUCCGAAGACACAGGCUGCAAAGGAAACCCUCGAACCGUUCGCGUUGCCAAACCCGUGGCUGCCGAUCAUCCAGACGACGCUCGUACACCUGGACGAACAUCUCUGCAAGGCCCAGCGCGCGCUUCUGCAUUUCGCGGAGUGUUUCGGAGGCCUGGAUGCUGGUGCCUUUGCGUCAUGCGGCCUGGAUGGUGCGGACGUCCUGGACGGCACCUUGUUUGCCCGGGUUGCGAGCCUGACUGCGGAUAGGCUUGGUUGGAUGCGCGAGGGUGAAGAGAAACGCGGCUGGGACUUCAAGGGGUUAUUCGAGGCCUGAAGUAUAACAUAUCAAUACAUAGUUCUGGCAUGUACUCUAUGUAUAAUAGUGGAUCAUCGUCUAGCAUGGUGCGGAAAAAUAUAACCUUCGAACGCC